AUACUCCCUGUCCAUCUCACAUUCUCAUUGCAGACCGCUGCCCCAUGGCAUUCGACCAGAAACAGCUGAGGUUUGCUUGUUCACAAAGGAUGAACCCAAUUUAUCGGCAGAACAGACUGAAAAUCUCUACAGAAAACUUUUAAUCCAGAAUGGGAUCAGAAGCGUUAGCCAGAUCAUCUCAUACAAAACUCUCAAAAAAGAGUACAAACUGUUUGAAGCAAAGCGCCGCCUCCUGAACAGAUUUGAUCUCUUUCUGUCUGAUGACCGAAUUAGAAGGCUCUUGCCCUCACAUCUAGGAAAACACUUCUAUGAAAGAAAAAAGGUACCUUUAUCUGUAAACCUGAAAGCCAGAAAUCUUGGGAAGGAACUACAAAAACAUAUCCAAGGGACUACACUCCCAGUUACCAACAAAGGGUGCUGUUAUACAGCACGUAUAGGUCACACUGGAAUGAAAGCUGAUGAGAUAGUAGAUAAUAUCAUUGCAGCAGCUGAGGUGAUUGCUAAGAAGUUGCCAAAGAAUUGGAAAAAUGUAAAAAUUCUUCACCUCAAAACACUUAAAUCAGUUGCACUUCCAAUUUUUACUGCAAAUAUCUCCAACUUGGAUGAGCUUGACAGACAGCCAUCUCUCAAAAAAAAAGAAGUAAAGAAGGGAAAGAACAAGAAACCGAAGAAUGCAGCUAAAAAACUGAAUUCAAGUCAAGUCACUUUGACAGCUGAAAGUAAUGCUGCUGCUCCUGGUACCCAGGAGCUUACCAUAAAAGAAAAGGAAGAAGUAGUCCAAGAAGAAGGUGAUGAUGAUGAAGAAAUUCCACAACUGGUGCCUGUGCAAACAACUAUCUUAGAUGAACUAAAGAAAAUGGAACCAAGUCCAGGAAAAGGUGACAACCUGGGCAAAAAACGUAAAACACCUCUCGGUAAGAGAAAGAAACAACCUCUAGCUCUGAAGACUCCAAAAGCAAAACAUAAAGUUACAGAAGAGUGUGCAGAGUUGCAGACAUCACCAAAACAGAAAAAAACCAAGCAGCUCAGCAUGCCAUCAGAAGCAAUAAAAGAGAAGGAGAUGAAAAAAACUCCCAAAAAGCCUGAAGCAAAGUCUUUUGCAACACCAAAAGCUGGCAAAUCAAUACAGUCAGCCAAGAAGUCUUCAAAAAUGCCAAAGCAGACACCCAAGAAAGUGCACAGACUGCAGUCAGCGUGA